AUGUUGAGCUUCUCAUUUUUUUCUUGCAGAAUCCUCCUCGGUCUCCUCCUCGUGAAUGUCUUUGUUAUUAUCUACUGGAAGUUAUUAAUCUGCUUCCCCGCGGUGCCCUCCGUGACCUCCUGGGGGGCACCCAUCGUGUGGGAGGGGGCAUUUAACCCCGAAGAGGACUACCGCCUACACCAUGGGAGAGGGACGGUGGUGGGACUUUCUGUGUUCGCUAUUGGAAAAUAUCUGCCGAGGUAUCUCCUUCCCUUCCUGCUCUCCGCCGACCGACACUUCAUGCCCGGACUACCCUGCGUGGUGUACGUUGUAACCGAUCGCCCGUCCGCCGUGCCCGCUCUCCGCCUGCGCCCCGGACUGACCCUCACAGUCUUGAGAGCCCCCUCCAGGAAGCGUUGGCAGGACAUCUCCAUGAUGCGCAUGAAGGACCUGCAGGACCUGGUUUUCCCGCUCGCUAAAGAUCAGGUGGACUACAUGUUCUGCAUGGACGUGGAUCAGAUCUUUACGUCGCGUUACGGUGCUGAGACCCUGGGAGACCUUGUAGCCCAGCUCCACUCCGGCUUUUACCUGAACGGAAGAGACAGUUACCCCUUCGAGCAAGACCCUAGAUCUGCAGCUUUCCUGCCCCACGAGAAGAGCCAUUAUUACUACCACGCUGCCACGUUCGGCGGGACCGUCCCCCAUCUGGUGAACCUCACGUCGUCCUGCUUGAGGGGCAUCUUGGAGGACCGUGACAGGCACCUGGAGGCCUUGUGGCACGAUGAAAGCCACCUCAACAGGUACCUGGCCUUGGAACGCUUGCCAUCAAAGAUUCUGUCGCCGGAGUACUGCUGGGAUGGGCGACUGUGGCUGAAAUACCAUAAACUGCGUUGGGCAAAGAAGGAUUACGAGAACACGAGAAGCCAAUGAGAUCCGAACACAAUGUCGCUGCCGGGCGUCUUCUCCAACCUGGGAUGGUCAGAAGGGCCUGGACUGGCUGUUGAGGACAGCGGGCAAAUGCAUCGGGGUGGCAGCGCCCAACGCCACGUCCCAACCCGCCCGGUCGUCCAACACGCGUUGGCGGCAGAAGCAUAACAUGUGACGGGUACCUGCGAUUUACCGGCCAUAAAGUUCUGUUUCCACUGCCGGUCCGGACCUGGACCUAGAAGACUAUAAGUGCCUUCAUCGGGUAACAUAUUAACCCCGUCACGUGUGUUACGUGCUUAUAAAGACCUGAUCUCGCUGCGUGUGGGGACACAAACCGGAAUGAGCUAUGAGCUUCUGGAUGCUACAAACAAGGAGAAAAUAAACCAUUGCCACGGAAACAGAGCGACAAAAAUAGACAAAAAAAGACAGAA